UCCCGGCUGGAUACAGCGGACCUACUACAAGCGACAACCAACUACGUGGGAGCAACGGGACGAACUUCGUAAGUGCACCACAUGGCCCGUUCGAUCUCUGAACUGACACUCGGGCCUGCAAUAGCAUGGAGUAUGACAGCAUCAACGACGAUAGCGUCAAACGACGUUUUCUCCAGCACGAGUAAUCAGCCCGGCGGAACCACCAUACAUGUCUCGACGACUGUAUUUGUUACUUUGGCUCCCUCACCUACACCAUCAUCUACAAAAAUCAUCGUUGCUCCAACUCUGCCCCCACAAUCAGUCGAUCAAACCUCUGUAUUCCCAGAGUCCUUCAACACGACAAACACAGCCAGAACCGCGCCUUCCACUUCACCUUCAUCCUCCUCGCCCUCAUCACCGUCCUCGUCUUUCCCCCCUUCUUUAGUCUCCUCCCCCGGUUUCACACCACCCACUGCCUACAAGCCCGCCAGCGAAUUUAUCAUCGGGGUCUCCGUCGGCGGAACAGUCUUUCUCUGUGCUAUCGUGCUGAUAACCAUCAUCCUCAUUCGUAAGAGAAGGAACCGGAUUGUAAGGAAGAAGGAAGAGGCGCAGCAAUUCGAAGUCCAGCCACAGCCGCAGCUACCUGUGGUGGACCUAGACACGAAACCUGCGGUGCCGGAGCUUGAGAGUCCCCGCGAGGUACGCUCGUAUGAGUUGCCUUCGCCGGUGCUUGAGGUGGGGAGGAGUGAGGGGAGGAAGAUUGGGAGAGAGGAUGAAGGAUGGGGAAGCAGGUGCUAAUAUAAUACAAUAUUACGACUUCACACCGUGAAUACGAACAGGGUAUAAUCUAUGCAAACAACCGCUCCAUUGAAACAAUGGUCAACGCCAUCCUACCCGCUAAUAACGCUGAAUACACAAAGCUGGAAACAACGAGGCACAAAAGAUACUGA